UGUACUGAGGCAAAUAGUGAAACUUCUCUGCUUCCGGUUAGCUAGCAGGCGUGAUAACGAAAUAUGAAAACGAUUAAUAUGUCGUUAUGUCUGUAGGAGACCGUAAUAUGAAUAUGAAAGAUGGACUUCAACAGGAUUGUUCUGGUGACUGGAGGCUCUGGAUUCAUUGGCUCCCAUCUUGUGUGUUCGCUGGUGAGCAGACACCCUGACUGGAGGAUUAUAAACCUGGAUAACCUGGAUUACUGCUGCAGCCCCAGGAGUCUGGAGAGUGUUGAAGACAGAGAAAACUACACUUUCAUCAGGGGAGAUGUGUGUAACUCACAGCUGGUGAAUCACAUUUUCAACACAGAAAACAUCGACGUGAUCUUUCACCUGGCGGCCAAAACGCACGUCGAGUCGUCGUUUGAAACCCCGUCUGUUUUCCAGCACGUCAACGUUGACGGGACCAGAGUUUUACUGGGAGCCGCCCAUCAGGCCCGACACCAGCCUCAGCGCUUCAUCUACGUCAGCACCGACGAGGUGUACGGAGCCAGUCUGGACCAGGUGUUUGAUGAGAGCAGUCCAGUGAGGCCCUCCAACCCAUAUUCUGCCACGAAAGCAGCUGCAGAGUACCUGGUCCGAUCCUACUGGGACAAAUAUAAGUUUCCCAUCAUCAUCACGAGGAGCAACAACAUCUACGGGCCCAGACAGUUCACCGAGAAGGUCAUUCCGAGGUUUCUCACCCUCUUGCAAACGAACAGGAAAUGCACCGUCCAGGGAACCCUACCUAAAUCGCGCCAUUUCCUGUUUGUCGAUGACGUCGUCAGCGCCUUCCUGGUGGUUCUGGAGAAAGGCAUUGUGGGAGAAAUCUACAAUGUGGGAACAAGCUGUGAGAUUCCCAUCGUGCAACUGGCAAGGGAACUUGUUAAGAUGGUCAAGAAUGUGCCGGACUCCGAGGUGAACGAUUGGCUGGAGUUUGUGCCCGACAGGCCGCGCGUUGACCUGCGCUACCCAAUCACAUGUGAGAAGCUGCAGCAGCUGGGCUGGAGAGAGGUGGUGUCCUGGGCUGCAGGCAUCAGGCAGACCGUCAAAUGGUACCAAGACCACCCAGACUUCUGGUCCAACGCGAGAAAGGACCAGAUCAGAAGCCGGCUGGAACAAGACACCAGCGCUGUGUCUCUGUAUCUCACUGAUAACAGGAAGGCAGAGCCUCCCUUCAACCAAAGCGGUGUUUUAACUGGAAAUGACGCACUUUAUAAUACUCACCGAUUCAGCUGAUGAGACAUUUCUUUCCUUCCCAGUUCAAACUUGAGCAUGUAGCUCUUAAAUCCAAUGACCAAAUAUUCUAUUAACGAGGUUACUCGUGGCAGUGGAGGGAACUGUAGCCGAGUCAUCUCAAUCAUUUGUUUUAUACACACAUUUUUCUUAGAAUUCUGUAUUUAACUGCAAUAAACUUCAUUAUUUAAUAACUUACGGUGCUUUUCAUUUAAGAUCCGACACUUUUAAAAAGACAAAAACAGUGUUUACAUUUGCAAAUCCAAACCUUUAUUUGUGGUAAAAUCAGAAUAGAUGCACAGUUUCUUUUUUUCUUUUUUUUCUUCGUGCAGUGCUCCUCUUCGUGCACAUCUGCUAAACUAAUACAUAAAGCAAAUACUAACUAGCAGGCUGGAGGUGCUGUGUGGUCACACUGAGGGGUCUGGCCAAUCAGCAAUGGAGACAACUCUGGGCUUUAUCUCACUUCAAUUCAGUCACUAAACAGCAAUCAGUCCUAAAUACAACUACAUAAGAACCCUCUAAAGUUUAUUGAAUUGAAAGUAAAAAAAGCUGCAUUUGUUUGGUGUCCCCACUUUGUUUCCCAGAAUGCCUUUGGUCAAAAACAUCGCAUUCUGGUCCGUUGCGGCCACCGUUACUGGACAUCGGAUGUGUCCCUGUAUAACAUGUGGAUCAGCUACAGGUGGCGAUAAAAACAUGUAAAAGACACCUGGAUGGACGUCAUCAGGUGAUCUUCUCCCCCCUCCCCCCACUAUUUCUGAUUGGCCAGAAGCUCCCACACAUGAGCAUUAAACACACGGGCGCCUGAAAAUAUGCAAAUCACAACAACAUAGCAAUAGAACCACAGUUAAUUCUGUGUUAUGAAGACUUUAAAGAUCACCACUUGCCAGACAUUCACAACAAGGGUAUUAACAGGAAGGAAAAGUGUAAAGACUCAAAAUGAACAAAACAAAACAAACAUCUGACUUGGAGAGAAUCUGGACACUUGUUUUUUGUACUGCAUGUUGGUUUUUUACAAAAUGGUCUUUGAUCAUAACGUUUUGUUAAUUUUAUUAUUAUUUUUCUUAAUCCAAACCUUGGCAUAUAUGGUGGUAUUGUCUCAAAUUUCGUCUGCCAAUUAAAAAUGGCUGUUUAUGGUUUUCUUUAUUUGCAAUGGAAACCUGUCGCACAAACAGGUUUAUGGAUCUGAUACUGAGUCCAAUGUGACUUUAAAGGUAACCCGUGUAGGACCUUUCUCCUUAUAUGUCAAACGCAUCACCUGUAACAAGCCGUCAGGGCUUCAUAAAGGAUCCUCUUACUACAUCUUAUAUGGUACCUUUAACCUAAAUAUUUCUACCGAUAAGGACGAGGACUACUGCUACCUUGUAAGAGAACUUUCAGAGGAAUUCAGGGUCCAUGAUUGCUUGGACUCGAGUUUAAACUGUCGGGUCAAGAAGAUGUUUACGCAGCACGAGUUGCUUUGUAUUGGGCUCAAACGGAGACUUGGUGUUUUGGGGAUUUCUGACAAGACAUAAUUUGAAUGGGUUUCGGCACCGGUGACAGACUUUUGGGAUGUUUUGCGGUGACACAUUUUAGGAGAAAUCCCUACACGUUGCGUCUUUAACAUUAAAAAGCUCACACUACCCCAGAAAAAUAGAAAUUUUCACUCAUACCAAUGACAUUCAACAUUCAAGUGCCAGUGUUUUUGUUUACUGUCUUUUGGUCAAGUCACUUUGUAAAAUAUCAACUUUUGUAUUAGGCUUAUAAAAAUAAAUAUUUCUCAAAAAUGCUUGAUAAAUUACACAAACUAGCAGCGAAAGUGGACUCGAGAACUCUGUGUGCAAACAGCUGAUUCCUAUGUUUGCUGUGUACUACAACUCCACCUGGUCCCAAAAAAAAAAAGAAAACGGUUUCAUAUCUGGAAGAACCCACACACACACACACACACACACACACACAC